AUGUCCUCACUGCUGUCUGUAAAUCACAUGUCAAAGUUCCUGAUUGUCACAUCAGAUGCUGCAAAAUUGAACCCUCAAAAUAUCCAAAAAUUCCUCAACUCGAAUGGAAUUCAAAAUUUCGCAAUCAUAGCUGAGGAAGGAGGUUCAGUUGCUGUCCAAAGACCUGAAACAUUCAACGGUGAAGUCAAAGUUGUAAAAGAACUCCAAAAACCACACAUUUCCAGCCAAAUUUACCCUGACAAGCUAAAGAACUUGCAAGGCUACAAGUAUAAAGUUGCAAUUGACUUCAGAUCAUAUCCAAUCACAAGCAGGCACAACAGAAUCGUUCAAAGGAUAUCACAUCUAUUUCGAACUAUUGCCAAACUUCAAAAUGCAACCUUUAAAAUCACUAGAGUUAAGGAUGAAGGAACUUUAAAGGAACAAAAGUUUGAUUUUACUUUAAAUUCAAUGUAUUCACUUGAACCACAAGCGACAUCCUCGGUGCUGUAUAAUAAAAACAGCUUUUGUAUUUUACUGCCAAAAGUAAACAAGCAUAUAGCUCAACUAAUUGCUCCACUAAGUACUGACUAUUAUGUUGUUAUGUGCUUGAUUGUCACUUAUGUCUGUAUUUUUGUGAUAUGGAAAUUGUACAAAAGUCGCGGAGCUGUAGAGUUACCUGGAGUUAUCAUUUUUAAAAUUUUUGGUGCUUACAAUGGUCAAGGUGCUGAUUUCAGUCAAGAUAAUCGUUUGGUGCUGAAGAUUCUGAUCCAAUUUAUGAUGAUUAUGGCUGUAUUUACAAUGAUUUUGAAUCAAUGGAGCGUUGGAAAUUCUUUAGCAUAUCCGAAAAAUCAGAUGAGUCUAAAAGACACGUAUAAAGCAUUAGUCGAUCAGGAAGACUCUAAGAUUGCUGUUAAUGCAAUUAUGGAAGAAGCGAUGUCACAAAAAAUUAAAUCUUAUUACUAUAUAAAGGCUUUGGACAGGAUCGUCUUUUUUGAUGAAAGAACUUUCAAUUUGGAAGCAUUUAAUUGCCAAAAAAUGGCCAUAAUUGGACACUGUGAAUUCUUAAAAGUUAUAGCGACUCAGAAUCAGCACUUUUUUGAAUAUCCAUUGCCAUCAAUCUUGUCAUCAACGCAGAUUCAAUUUGGACCUCAUAACCCAUUUGCUGACAAGAUCGAGGAACUUAUGAAACAUGCAUUUGAGUCUGGACUGCCUGAUAUUUGGGAAACGAUGAUAAAAAUGAAAAUUUUCGGUAAAAAUUAUCAAAAAUCGGAAGCAGAAAUUCAAAAGGAUUUAUUCAGUAUUUUAGGACUUGACAAGCUAUUGCCACUGUAUUAUACAUGCUGUCAGGGACUUGGGCUAGCUUUUGCCAUAUUAAUCAUUGAAAUCUUGUAUCAUGACUGCAUCCGUCAUUUGUCAUGGCAACUGAUAAGACACUGGACAGCAUCGAUGGUAUCAAGAAGCACUGAGAACAUCAACUGGCAAACUGUAGGACGAGUCCGACGUGCUUGGUACUUUUGGAGACAAAGAAGGAAUUUGAAAGUUCAGAGGAUCAAUGUCAGGUUCCGUGAUGUUUAA